ACAUACCGUAUUCCAGAUAAGACAGUAAAAAAUGGGUUAUUGCUUAUACAUUCAACUUUUGAAGUAAUGUUUUAAUUGGAGGAUCUCAACACUCAAAUUUUUGCACCUUAGUUUUGAGUUGUUUUAUGGACUCUUUUCAAUUACACUUGAACUAAUCCUCAUUUGGAAACAUUUUUAACGUUAAAACCCGGCAUAUGAGAGUGUUUUCUAGAGAAAGUUCCGGUAAAAAGGAAGAGAGAAUAUUUUUAGCUUGUCUGACAUCUAUAACGUCAAUUUCCUUUAGUUGUUACAUGAAUGUCAUGCAGAGAAAAUACGUAGUUUGAAGCUUUUAGUUAGUGUCAUCAUUUCUCGCCCUACUUUAGCGAUGUUUAACCAAGCCAAACACGUUACUGAGAUAGGAGUAGAGGAGUGAAAGUCAGCACUGAGUCCCGACUCCACUAUAUAGACUCCCGAGACCACACCAUACGUACAUUUCUGUUAUUUUUGUUGCCUAAAAAGUUUCCCAAUUUCAAGGUAUAAAAAGCGAAAAUAGCAAUUGUGCAAACACGUCUUCAAUUCACUUUUCUACAGAAGGAAGCUUUUUGAAAAUGUGUCAGUGUAGAGUGACAUUAUAAAUGGCAGGUGCAUAUGGAUUAAGCGAACAGGUUAUUGACAAACGCUUGCGCUAAAGACACACAGAUAAGAAAAAAGCGCGAGAAAAUUUUUGUUGGGCCGGAUAGCUCACUUGCUACCAUCAGCAGUGGCAAUUAUUUUACCAUUAUUGAUAUUGUAACGAAAAUUAGCAUGCGUUCGUGAAGCGCAAAUUGCACAAGUUUUGAGAGAGUACUUUACUGACCGUUAGGCACCGAACAGCACCAUAGAGAUAGAUUACAGUGUAGCGAGGGCAGACCAGACGUAUAAUAGUCUGGCGUUGUCCCAAAACCUACAAAAUACGCUGCACUGAAGCAGCAGGCAUGAUCAACUCAACAGUGAGCGCGGGCAAUUCCACCAGCAGCCCUGGUCUGACGUCACCAAUGCGCGGUGGUCUGAUCUUCAUCUACGUCACGACUCUGGUGAUGGCGUUGCUAGGCAACGCGUUAAGUCUGCUGGUCGUGUAUCGCAGGCGCUGCUGUAAAAACACGAUGAAUGUGAUGAUUGCAAACAUGUGCGUGGCGGACAUGUUGGUGGUAGUAGUGGUCAUACCUUUCAUGCUCAGCUACAUCCACAAGGAGGAGAAAUGGCAGCCAGGUGUGUGGGGGGACGUCACGUGCAAGUUAUCGCACUACACCUCCGUAGUGUCCAUCGCCGCAUCCAUCCUCACAAUCCUCUUCAUCUCCUGUGAACGCUACAUCGCCAUCUGUCAUCCAAUGAGAGGCCACUUUCUGCGCAUGCCCAGGGUCAUCACAACACUAAUCUGGCUUCUGGCGCUAAUCCUCAUGUCACCCUAUCUGAUCAUCUACAAAAAUGUCUACGUCAACGGCACGUGGUAUUGCACUGAAGAUUUCGGCGACUCCAGAUCAAUGCCUAUGUAUCUGCGCAUCCACUACCUUGUACUCUUCAUCCUUCUGUAUGCCUACCCAAUAAUGAUGAUUGGUGCGCUCAACUCAGCCAUCAUCUGCCGCCUCACACGCCACAGGAUGCCUGGGGAGGAGCAGGUGGCCGGACAGCAGUCGCAUUCGCGGGCUCAAGCUGCCAAGAGCAGGCGCAAGGCAGUGCGAAUGUUAUUCAUCCUGGUGGUGGUGUUCGCUGUGUGUUGGCUUCCUACACACCUUAUGCACCUUUUCAUCACUGAGCGCCGGGACAUCCUCGUCUCUUUACCCCGAUACCUGCCUUUCCUGUUGUUCUGGUUUGGCUACUUCAACUCAGCAUUGAACCCCUGCAUUUACGUGCUCUUCAGCGCAAACUUCCGCCGCGACCUCAAACUUCUGAUCAUGCCGUCCGAGAGAACCAAAACUGCCGUGACCGUAAAGAUGACCAUGUCCGACCGGUCCGGGAGUGGAGGAGGGAGUGGAGUAGGGAGAUUCGUACGGCGCUGGAGUGGAAGGUCAUCGACUAGAGGUCACAGUAGCUCCGAGUCUCCCGCGGCCAAGGACGCCGUCAUGGCGUGCGUGCAGUUGAAUGGAGUCAAUAGGAGCGACGAGAGACGAGACGGACAGGACGACGAGGAGGUUUUGUUUGAUUAAAUCGAACAUCGUCGACAGCAAUGGAAAAUAAUGGGCUUUUAAAUUGGCGCUUAAUACAAAAAAUAUCAUACUCUGUUUGUAUUUAACACAACACUGUGUCCAAGAAAUGACGCCACCUAAACAAAGUCUACAUAAAGUUUUCAUAUUUAGGUACAAUUCACCAGUAAUCCGAUUUAUUAUAUGGCUACGAUAGUACGCGCGCUGUGAUUGGCUAAUUUUUAGUCGUGACUAACUACUUACUAACCGAGAGUGACCUCGCAAAGCCUCGGUCGAUACGCCAAAGCCUCAGUUUGAUAUUUCCCGGCAUGACCGAACGGUCGAGGUUAGUAUGGCUUUUUAAAAUAAAAAUGACAAGAAAACAAAUCAACUUUCGCUCUCGCCCGAAUAUCGAUUAGUUUAUCGAUCGAUUUAAAAAAGGCGGGAAAACAAGGAACACUCGCGCGCUGCCAAAUCAAAGAUGUAAAUGAGUGACAAGAUUCAACAACAUGUAAUUGGUAGUAAUUGGACGACUCUUGGAAGCUACAGGUUUUAUCAUAGGUGAAGUUGAUCCAAACGAUAACAAAGAAAUCUGAGUUGUCAGUUUUCACGGCAUGAAUAUACUGUUUAGUUCGAAAAAUCCACGGUAUGUAGAGCAACCUCGUUCCCAGGGUCUUCUGGGUAAUUUUCAAUAUGGCGUCUAGCUGAAGAAGACCCUGGCCUCACAAAGCCUCGGUCGAUACGCCAAAGCCUCAGUUUGAUAUUUCCCGGCAUGACCUCACUUUCGAUUUAGUAGGUAUAGUUAGUGGUUAUUUUUGUAUAGUAAGUGGUUAUGUUUUUAGAUGAACGGUGACUGCGUAUUAUGGCUAGACUGUGUAUAUAUAAUAUAUGAUAUCCAAGCAUGUUAAGGCACCGCUGUGUGUAUAUAUAUAUAAUAUCCAAGCAUGUUAAGGCACCGCUGUGUAUACAUAAUAUAUAAUAUCCAAGCAUGAUAUACUCGACUAGUAAAUAAAUCAAGGCCCAAGGCCUAAAAAAAGCAA